UGCUCAGGCUAAGUUCGGCUGCCUGUACAGUACAAUGCUACCGGAGUGAAGUCAGUAGACUGUGGGAUAGCGAGAGCAGCGAACUGCAGCAGUGUGGAGUUAUAAAUAUUGACAUUCGUGCUGCAUGGGGAAGGAGGUCCAGAUGUGUCAAACUAUGUUUUAGAAUAGUGAGUGCGAACAGCAGAGCUCCUCGCUUGUUACAGCGUUUGCCCUCUUGACACAUUUGUAUCAGUCGGAUUUAAGGCAGGGGAAAGGGGGCGGGGGGGAUCUCCUGGCAGUUCUAUUUGUAUUUGUUUUAAAGAAAUAGUUUGUUUUGUUAUUGGGGGAAUGCAGUUGUUUGAGAACCGCUGUUCGGGUUGAACAUGUGGAAAAUGGCACCUUUGACAUGUCCCGGUGGAAAGAUGAUUCGGAAGCAAUGAGCUGCCCUUACCAUGGCCAAUGGAACCGGUCCGAAGAGUAUGUUAAAGUGCGUGGUGAUCGGUGACGGAGCGGUGGGCAAAACUUGUCUGUUGAUGAGUUACGCUAACGAUGCUUUUCCUGAAGAAUACGUGCCAACUGUGUUCGACCAUUAUGCGGUCACUGUCACAGUGGGAGGUAAACAAUAUCUCCUUGGACUUUAUGAUACUGCAGGACAGGAAGAUUAUGACCGUCUGAGACCUUUGUCUUAUCCAAUGACUGAUGUCUUCUUGAUCUGCUUCUCGGUUGUGAAUCCAGCGUCAUUUCAGAACGUGAGGGAAGAGUGGGUCCCUGAACUUAAAGAAUAUGCACCAAAUGUUCCAUUCCUGUUAGUUGGAACACAGAUUGACCUUCGCGAUGACCCAAGAACUUUAACUAGGCUAAACACCAUGAAGGAAAAGCCCGUGUCUACAGAACAAGGAGAGAAACUGGCAAAGGGGAUUGGGGCAUAUUGCUAUGUGGAGUGUUCAGCAUUAACACAAAAAGGACUGAAGACUGUUUUUGAUGAAGCCAUAAUAGCUAUUCUAACUCCAAAGAAAAAUGUUUUGAAAAAAAGACUUGGAUCAAGAUGUAUAAACUGUUGUAUGAUCACAUGAGGAUACAAGAAAGGUUGAUCUAGUCCACUGUGAAAAUCCCUCCAAAUAUAAAAUAAGAGCUUGUAUUACAUAUGCGUUCAUUGCAGCUAAAGAUGAAAGUUAUCUAGAUUUAUCAAACUGCACAAGUUUUGUACUAGCCAGAGACUGGGGCUGGGAGGUGGGGGAAAACAGCAAAUAAAUAUCAUCUGGAGGAAUCUAUUUCCUGGUAAGGUACAAUGUUAAGAUUCUCAGGGGUCAUUUCAUUUGCAAAAGCUACAUAUUUUAUUUCCCCUCUUUAAGAAAGAAAAUAACUGAAGGAUUUCCAGAAAAAUAUAUAUAGUCUUGGAACACAUGCAUUCAAGUAAACACUUUACAAAAUGUAAUGCUGGAUGCUGCGGAAUGCCCAUAUGCCAUUCAAAAUAGAGCUAGUUUAACCAAUAUAUUACAGCACUAUCACCAACUGCUGAAAUCAUCUGCAUUUGUAAGUGAGGUGCUUCCUGUUCCAGUAUAUCCAUAAAGGCGCGAUGACAAGACUGAUAGUGAAUCCAAGUGUUGCUCCAAGUGUACAGGAAAUUGGCCACACCUGUGAGAAGUAAUAAAUACAUAAUGUUGGGUUGCACAUGGGGAAACUCUUAAGCACACUUUUGCCUAACCUGGCUCUAAUUAAAGUGUAAAAUUAAAUCAGUACAGAAUAGUCAGAUCUGUUCCAUAUUGCUGCACUGCACUCUUGUGCAAAUGGAAAGAGUUAAUUGACUUUUGUAGGUUUGUUCCCAUCACUGCAGCCAGUUAUACAUGCACAAACAUUUUUUUUUAAAGCCACUUUUUUUUGUAGGCUUUGCCUACUUCAAGUGUUAUUUAAAAAAAUGUUAAACACUAACUUAUGCCAUGCCUGUAUUAAUCAAGAUCUCUCGAUUUUUGAAAUGUAUAUGAAAGAUCCUCUUGGUAAAGAAUGUGAAAUGCAACUCCCAAGAGUUUGAAGCUACAUCUAAAGUUUGACUCCCUCUUCCUAAUCCCUGCCCUGAGUGUAAAUAAGUUAGAUGCUGAGGAAGCAACUUUGUAAUGUUGUUUGAUACGAAAAUAAAUUUUAUUAUCUCAGUG